AUGCUUUCUAAAGUAAAUGUUCCUAUUACAGAAUCUCAAGUGUUUGGUGGAGUGACAGCCGCGCUGUCAGUGAGCUUUUUAUAUCCUAAUGCACAAAAACUAAAUAUCGAUUCAAUAAUGGAUCAUUUAAAAUCUAAUUAUGUUCGUAAUAGCGAAAUAUCAUCCUUGAAAAUCAUCCAACUUAAAGUGAAUGUUACAGCAGAAAACGUGGAACAGACAGUUUCAUCUCAACAACCAACAACUGAACUGCGAGCAGUGAACACAGACGGAAGUUUGUCAUCACAAAAUGUACUUCCCGAGGACGGAGUUACAGCAGAAAACGUGGAACAGACAGUUUCAUCUCAACAACCAACAACUGAACUGCGAGCAGUGAACACAGACGGAAGUUUGUCAUCACAAAAUGUACUUCCCGAGGACGGAGUUACAGCAGAAAACGUGGAACAGACAGUUUCAUCUCAACAACCAACAACUGAACUGCGAGCAGUGAACACAGACGGAAGUUUGUCAUCACAAAAUGUACUUCCCGAGGACGGAGUUACAGCAGAAAACGUGGAACAGACAGUUUCAUCUCAACAACCAACAACUGAACUGCGAGCAGUGAACACAGACGGAAGUUUGUCAUCACAAAAUGUACUUCCCGAGGACGGAGUUUCCAGUCAUCAAAAUAUUGUUCAUUCAAACGAUAUUCUAGUUGCUCAUUACGAAUGUCAAACUUCUCUGGAUCAAUCUUCCAAUUGUGAAAGUUCGUCUGAUACAGAUCUUAUUCUGCUAACUUUCUUGAUUGGCUUCAUUCUGUUUGCAACAUUUGGUUUGGUAAUUUUCUGGUUAUUGUGCGUACGCUCAAACACGUCUCGUUCUACGUCAAAAUAACCUUAUCUUUGCUUGAUAGUUACUUCUGUUGUUUUAUUUUUUUCAAUAAA